AUCCAGGGCUGCAAGACCCGGGCGCGGGAGCUGGGCCUAGGUCGGCACCCGGCAAAGUCCCCAGUAAGGAUCGGAUGCCUGCCAUGCAUCCAAAGUCAUGUAUCAUCCCUGGCAUGAGAACUCCCUGCCGCUCCAUCAUGGAGCUGAGCAUUUCUCCAGAAGUUACACUCAUAGGCAGCUGGAUUCUGUAUAUGUGACUUGGAGAAGUAGGAUCCACCAGGAACCAUGCCACCACCAUCUGACAUUGUCAAAGUGGCCAUUGAGUGGCCAGGUGCUAAUGCCCAGCUCCUUGAAAUCGACCAGAAACGGCCCCUGGCAUCCAUCAUCAAGGAAGUUUGUGAUGGGUGGUCAUUGCCAAACCCGGAGUACUACACACUCCGAUAUGCAGAUGGUCCCCAGCUCUACAUCACUGAACAGACGCGAAGUGACAUUAAGAAUGGGACGAUCUUACAGCUGGCUAUCUCCCCGUCCCGGGCUGCACGCCAGCUGAUGGAGAGGACCCAGUCAUCCAACAUGGAGACCCGGCUGGAUGCCAUGAAGGAGCUGGCCAAGCUCUCUGCUGACGUGACUUUUGCUACUGAGUUCAUCAACAUGGAUGGCAUUGUUGUGCUGACGAGGCUCGUGGAGAGUGGGACCAAGCUCUUGUCUCACUACAGUGAGAUGCUGGCAUUCACCCUGACUGCCUUCUUAGAGCUCAUGGACCAUGGCAUUGUCUCCUGGGACAUGGUUUCAAUCACCUUUAUUAAGCAGAUUGCAGGGUAUGUGAGCCAGCCCAUGGUGGAUGUGUCCAUUCUUCAGCGGUCCCUGGCUAUUCUGGAAAGCAUGGUUUUGAACAGCCAGAGUCUGUACCAGAAGAUAGCAGAAGAAAUCACUGUGGGACAGCUCAUCUCACACCUGCAGGUCUCCAACCAGGAGAUACAGACCUACGCCAUUGCACUGAUCAAUGCGCUGUUCCUAAAGGCUCCUGAGGACAAGCGACAGGAUAUGGCCAAUGCAUUUGCACAGAAGCACCUUCGAUCCAUAAUUCUAAAUCAUGUGAUCCGAGGGAACCGCCCAAUCAAAACAGAAAUGGCCCAUCAGCUCUAUGUGCUUCAAGUCCUGACCUUUAACCUUCUGGAAGAAAGAAUGAUGACCAAGAUGGACCCAAAUGACCAGGCUCAAAGAGACAUUAUAUUUGAACUGAGGAGGAUUGCAUUCGAUGCAGAGUCUGACCCUGGCAAUAUCCCUGGAAGUGGGACUGAAAAACGCAAAGCUAUGUACACCAAGGACUAUAAGAUGCUGGGAUUUACUAACCAUAUCAACCCGGCCUUGGACUUUACCCAGACUCCUCCUGGAAUGCUGGCCUUGGACAAUAUGUUGUACCUUGCUAAAUUCCACCAGGACACCUAUAUCCGGAUCGUCUUGGAGAACAGCAGUCGAGAAGACAAACAUGAAUGCCCCUUUGGCCGCAGUGCCAUUGAGCUCACCAAAAUGCUCUGUGAGAUCUUACAGGUUGGAGAACUACCAAAUGAAGGGCGCAAUGACUACCACCCCAUGUUCUUUACCCAUGACCGAGCAUUUGAAGAGCUGUUUGGAAUAUGCAUCCAGUUGUUGAACAAGACCUGGAAGGAGAUGAGGGCAACAGCAGAGGACUUCAACAAGGUUAUGCAAGUCGUCCGAGAGCAGAUCACUCGAGCUUUGCCCUCCAAACCCAACUCUUUGGAUCAGUUCAAGAGCAAACUGCGUAGCCUAAGCUACUCUGAGAUACUGAGACUGCGCCAGUCCGAAAGAAUGAGUCAGGAUGACUUUCAAUCCCCACCCAUUGUGGAGCUGCGGGAGAAGAUUCAGCCAGAGAUCCUUGAGCUGAUCAAGCAGCAGCGUCUAAACCGGCUCUGUGAGGGCAGCAGCUUCCGCAAGAUUGGGAACCGCCGAAGGCAAGAACGGUUCUGGUACUGCCGCUUGGCACUGAAUCACAAGGUCCUCCACUAUGGUGACUUGGAUGACAACCCACAAGGGGAGGUGACUUUCGAAUCACUGCAGGAGAAAAUUCCUGUUGCAGACAUUAAGGCCAUCGUCACUGGGAAAGACUGUCCACACAUGAAAGAGAAAAGUGCUCUGAAACAGAACAAGGAGGUGUUAGAAUUGGCCUUCUCCAUCCUGUACGACCCUGACGAGACUUUGAACUUCAUUGCUCCUAAUAAGUACGAGUACUGCAUCUGGAUUGAUGGCCUCAGUGCCCUCCUGGGGAAGGACAUGUCCAGCGAGCUGACUAAGAGUGACCUGGACAUGCUGCUGAGCAUGGAGAUGAAGCUGCGGCUGCUAGACCUGGAGAACAUCCAGAUCCCUGAGGCACCACCACCCGUCCCCAAGGAGCCCAGCAGCUAUGACUUCGUCUAUCACUAUGGCUAGCAGUACUAGGAAGGGAUUGCAGCCCAGGAGAGACUCACAGUCUGGUGCCUUGUCUUUCACUGUACAGAAUCUAUAGUGAUCGUGGUGGCCAAGGAAUGUCAGCCACUCCUCAAACCCACCUUGAAUCAGGACCAGGCCUUCUGGCCCCGUCUACUAGGAGUCAUGAAGGCAGGGUAUCCUGCCUUCCUCAGCACUGCAAAACCUGGGAUCAGCCUUGAGGAAUGAAGGGUAGAAGCUCUUGCCUCCAGCCCCCAAACUGUGUCUUGAAGUGGACUUAGCAGCAGUCACCCUGCUUUUCUUCCUGAGUCUGGUUGGCUGGACUCCAUGUGAGCCAGAGCUGGCCCAGGAAAGUCUGCCUGCAGAGGUCAGACAUGCUGGGUGUGUUGAGAGCCUUGGAGUGACUGCCUUUGGGUGGCCCUUGCUGGUGACUUGGGUCAGAGGACAGGCCUUGGGCCUUUGCUAUUGUCAUCUUUGUGAGGGUUCACUCCAGCUUCACCUGAUACCAAGAUGCUGCUCCUUCUGAGAUUUGGCUCUAAUGUUUCUGGUCUCUAGAGCUAUCAGAUCUCUCUUGCCCAUGCAGGUAUCAGAGCAGAAGGAAAUUUCUCUCUAUAAGCUUAGUCUCAUCUUGGCCAGGCAAAGACCUCCAGGCUAAGUCCUGCCUUCUCAGUCUCCGGGAAUGCUGCAGGGAAAGCCCAGCUGAGGACUACACUGGUGAGGUCUCAAGGUUCUACCCUCACCCCUACGUUUAUAUAUUUUUUUCUUCCUGGGAGAGCACUCUUCCACUAACCUGAAUUGCACCUCUCUCUGGUUUGCUUUCCUUUGGACUUCCAGACUCCAGGAAGUUUGCCUUCCCUUUCUCUCCUUUCUGGGGCCAUGAUUUCAGGGAGCUGGCUGAGGCCACAGUUGUGUCAUGGGCCUUCCCUGGUGCUGCAGCACUUGAAGCACACACACAGCCUCUCCUGGACACCCAUUAGCACGGUGGCAUUCAGUGUUGGUAGUCUGGCAUGGUAGGUACUACCCAAUGAAGAGUGUACUAUGUAUUUUCUUUACUAUAGGCCAUACUUAUAUAGACAUGUAUAUAUAUUUAUAUAAAACCUACUUAUCGUAGGAUGGAAUGCUUGGGGGAAAAUAAAAAUUGAGGGUAAAAACAGUGAUGCUCCCAGUUGUGAUCCAAGAGUGUAACCAGAGAACACCCAGAAGCUUCCUGUCAGUAACCAUGUUUUCAAUAAAUACUCUUUCAUGUACCAUCUG